CAUCAUCGACUUACCCUAUUUACCGACCUAUCUACUUGCACUGUUCCCCUUUCAAGUUGUCGCUGGUGCUGGUUUAACUGGGGAAUUGUUGCGACGCCGACAGCAUGGCGCAGACGACAUUUCAGAUCCCUGGCCUCGGCCAGGCGAAACCCAACGAGGAACUGCCUGUCGAAAAUUUCGCACCCGACCUUCUCGCCGCUGCCGCAAGUAUAUCGGGGGAGAACGGGCUGGUUGUGGGCGGAACUAACGGAAACGCGCAGUGGGAGAAGGCACAGAAGAUGAAGAAGGAGCGGCAAGAUGAAGACGCCAGAAGUACCACAGCAACAGCUGAGCAGGCGGGUGAUGGCGUGGAGCUCGACGCAAAGCCCGCAAGCGCUGUUGCCGAGCAUGCGGAUGAGAAAAAGGACGUCCAGAUGCAAGACCAAGAGCUAAGGAACGGAGGAGAUGAAGGGCGAGCUGCUGAUGUCGACAUGACGGCCAGCAAUGAUGCGCCGAGUCCGGACGUCACGCAUGCACUUGAAGCCGCGCUAGACGGCAUGUUGUCGCACGCCGUGCAGCCCGCUCAGCGGGUGCAGGGCCAGGAACAGCAGAAUGACGCCGGCAGCGAGGAGCAGGAGGACGGACAGCCAGAGUGGGAGGCAGACUCGUCGCCGUACGAGUCGUCGUCGGAAUCAUCAAGCUCCGACAGCUCGUCGGACGACGACUCGGAAGACGAGGGCGGCUACCCACUGCUUGGAAUCGAGGAGACGGCCCGCUUGCUCAUGGCGGCCGAUGGCGAAGGCGAAGGGGACGGGGACGGGGACGGCGCCGGCAGAUCCAAAGGUGCCAGUGCGGCGCUCCGGACGAAAAACGAGAUAGUCGAUGAGGUCAUCCCCAUCCCGGACGUCACCAUCACCCCGGAGAUGAAGAUCGAGCGACUCGGCAACAUCGAAUUCAUUGUCGAAAACACUGUGGUCAUCAAGUCGCAGACUCCAGGCGAGGUUCAGGUACUGGACUUGGGCUCGGUCCUUUGCAAGGAGGACCGUACAGUUAUUGGCGCCCUCGCCGAGGUCCUGGGCAAUGUCCGGAGCCCCAUGUACACUGUUGGUUUUCGGGCCGAGGAUGAGAUAAAGCAGUUGGGGUUGGUGGUCGGCCUGCCCAUCUACUACUCUGUUGAGCACGCCAACUACGUGUUCACCCAGCCUUUGAGAGAAGCCAAGGGCACCGACGCCAGCAAUCUCCACGACGAAGAGGCGGCAGCCGACGAGAUGGAGUUCUCCGACGACGAGAAGGAGGCUGAGUUCAAGAGACAGCAGAAGAUGAAGAAGAGGGGAGGGAAAGCUGGCCGUGGAGGGCGGGAGCAGAGCAUCGCCACUAGCCAUACUCUGUCUCCUCACCCGCCUCCCGCCGGCUUGAACUAUGACGAGGAUGAUGAUGGGCCCUACAAGCCCUUGUCUCGCCCCCCUGGAUACGGCCAGGGCGAGUCAUCUUCGCUUCCUUCAUUACCCCCGAAGCCGGCGGCCGGUUUCAGUCCGCCGCGUGGUGGACACGGUCACGGUCACCGCGGCGCUCAUCGUGGAGGCCGGGGUGAUUUCCGGGGACGCAACCAGCGUGGCGGCCAUCGUGGCGGCGAUCGGCGACACGGUCCCCGAGGAAGUAGCGGGAGUUACCCGCAAUUUGGCCAUGAUGGCGCAUCUUCACCGCAGAUGCCGUUCUCUCAUCCCCCGCCACCUCCUCCCCAGAAUCCCCAUCUGCCCCCUCCCCCUUUCGCAGCAACGCCUGGAGCGCCCGCGGGACAAUGGUCGGCCCCAGCUGCUGCUGCCUUCGUACCCCCUCCAGUGGCAUACCCGCACUCGCCGCCAGCUGGGCCGCCUGUCCCCCCUCCCCAUCAUCAGCCCCCGUCGGGGAAUUUCACGUUUAAUUACCAGGCGUGGAACCAAAACCAAGGUCAACAGUACCAGUACCCUCCUGCGGCGCCGCACCAGCAACCACCUCAACCCCAGCCACCAGCUCACCCAACUGGCUAUGCACAGCCGUUCGUGCCUCCCCAAGCCCCCGCUUGGCCGGUGGCCGGGGCUGUGCCGCAGGCACCACAGGCCCCUCCUACCACGGGGGCGCUCAACCCAGCUUUUUACGGCAGCUACCAACAACCGCAACCAGGACAACAACAGGGGCAGCCGUAUUGGCCCCAACAGCAACAUGGCGGGUACGGCCAAGGGCCAACCCGGUAACGGCUGCUCCGUCGGCGUUUGUUUGUUCACCCAGCUUAUCUCGCUCUUGAGCGGCGUUUGAACGAUGCCAGGUUGGCAGUUCAUACUUGA